AUGGACCUUACACAAACCUUAAGGGACAAAGUUCUUGUGGAAAGGAAAGGUUUUGCCUUUUUGGUUAAUAUCGAAUAUGAGAACUUGCCGGAUUUCUGCACAAACUGCAAGGUUAUUGGUCAUUAUGUGGCCAAUUGCAAAAAGUUAAUUCCAAUUGAUGAUGGGAAAUUUGACAAAGACACCAGAGAUAGAAGAACAACAAAUAAAGAACCUAAGAAGGUGUUUGUGCCUACCAAAGAGGGUAGACAAGGGCAGGGUACCUCAAAAGGAAUUGCAAAUGUUGAAAAAACAAAUGAAAAUAAUGAUGAAUUGGUGAUUGUUGAAACUGAUAAAGAUUUGGCAGAUAGGAGUCUUAAUCCAAAGCCUCAUGACCAACAAAGAGAUGACAGCUCAAAUAAUGGAAAAGAUAAAGAGGUGGCAAAUAUGAAUGAUCAAUUUAACAUAAUUGAAGCUACAGAAGAAACUCCUGUGAUAGAGAUAGAAAGCACCAAAGACACUGAAGGUGUGGAAGACACACAAGUGGAGGUGGUUUUGAACAAAGAUGAAGCUUUAAGAUUAGAAACUAAUGCUGCCAACAAAACAACAGAAUUCUUGAAUCAAUCAUGGGCAAAUAUGGUAGAUGCAGAAGAAGAAGAAUUGAAGACACAAGAGAUUGCAGAACAUGAAAAUCUGGUUUCUAAAACUAGAUCAGCCCCUUUGCCUAUUGUGAAAUCAAAAACAAAAGCUAAGAAUCAGAAGCAAGUUUCUUCGAGUUCUUAUGGAACCAGGUCUAAGCUGACAGGUAAUACCAAGCCUGUCAAAUGA